AGAAGACAGGUGGUGCUUUUUCAUCUGUUCGUGUGGGACACAUGGUAUGAAGGAAUAAUUGUAUCCAAUAUCAUUUGUGCUUGGUCUUGCAAAUCGCAAUGGAUGAGAGAACAAGGGAUGCUGCUGAAGCGGGAGACAUUGAAGCCCUGUAUGCACUAAUUCAGGAGAAUCCAUUUGUUUUAGAGAGCAUUGAUAGAUUUCCUUUCAUUGACACUCCACUACAUAUAGCAGCCUUUAAAGGGCACAUUGAUUUUGCUAUGGAAAUGAUGAACUUAAAGCCAUCAUAUGCAAGGAAGCUAAACCCAGCUGGGCUAAGCCCCAUGCAUCUUGCCCUGUUAACUUGCCAAGUUCAUGUUGUACGUGAGCUCCUCAAAGUUGAUAAAGAUCUUGUCCGUGUCAAAGGGAGGGGUGGUUUGACUCCUCUGCAUUUUGCAGCGGAGGAGGGAUACUCGGAUCUUAUAGCUGAAUUUCUUGAGGCUUGUCCUGAAUGCAUCACAGAUGUGACCAUUCAAGGCCAGAAUGCCAUACAUAUUGCAACCAACAAUAGUAACUUUGACACUCUGAAACUUCUGGUUUAUUGGCUUGAAAAGACCACUCACAAAGAUGCUGACAUUUGGAAUAAGCAAUUCCUGAACGGGAUAGAUCGGGAAGGAAAUACAGUUCUACAUAUAGCUGCAUCCAUUAAUGAUCCCUGGAUGGUAGGAUUAUUAUUAGAAUGUAAGAUGAUCUCCAAGAACGAAGUCAAUUUGAAUGGCCGAUCAGCUUUGGAUAUGUUACAAGGCCAAGUUAACAACACCGAAGUUGUAGACGCUCUUCGUCGAGCUGGAUGUCUGGAAGCUGAAAGAAUUCCUGUGCGUCAGACAUUAGCAAGGUCAUUAAGAACAAGAAUGUCUUGGUCACAGAAAUUACGAAGAACAAUGGUGCGUCAGAAUAACAUGAUAUCUAGUGACAUGAGGAAUGCUAUGCUGGUAGUAGCUGUACUGAUCCUAACAGCUACCUACCAAGCAUGUCUUAGUCCACCUGGAGGUGUUUGGCAGGGUAACUUUGGUGACCAAGAUUCUGGUAACCCAAGGGGACCUUCCACUUCCUCAAGUGCACCUUCCACUCCCCCAGUUACUGAACCCAUGCCCGUUAUACACAAAACCAAACUUGGAUCUGUCACUAAGAGUAACAGUUCAAAAGUCGGGCUCUCAGUCAUGUCCACACCUAAUUUUAUUUACUUCUAUUUUAUAAACACUGCAACUUUCUUGACUACAACAUGCGCAGUGUUUUUCCUACUUCCUGAUAAAACAAUAAACCUGCUUACAUUACCAGUCAUGUUAUUCAUUCUCUGCUACUUGCUGUCAAUGACGUACCUAGCUCCAUUUUCAAUUGCAAUUCCAUUUCCCCCACCGCUUCAACCAAUUUCACCUAUUAUUGUUGCUACUCUCCUCUUCCUUGUUGUGUGUUCGCCUAAGUUUUUCAGUCUUAAUCUCCAUUCUCAAGGGGCUACUUUAAAUGUUUCUGCAUAUUAAAAUUAAUGCAUGUUAAUUGUCAUUUUGGGUCGGCAUUAUGCAUGUUUUCUUGUAUAAAAACUUCGAUCAUCAAAAGGAAAGUCAUCGCGCGCUUGUAUUUGCAUUUUGCUUAAUGCUAGAUAUUUUCUUAAUAGCUACUUUUCAUGUUGAGUACUUAUUAUUUAUUGAAUCAUGAACACACCAUGAUGUUCCCAUUUCAAUGAUACAUUGAGAACUGUCAUGCCCUCAAUAAAACAAGAGAAAUCAA